AUGAGAAGAAAAGACAACAAGAUAACGAGUAAAUACUGUAAUCAACAAAGCUUUCAAGAGUUUAUAUUUUACUUUACAGAGUGCCCAGUUGAUGUUGGUAUUACUGAAGAUGAUGAUGAUGAUGAUGCUGGAGUAAAAGAACUUCAAGAACUUCGUGACAGAUAUGAGGGAAAAGUAACAGCAUCACUCUACACUGGUACAUUAUUUGUCACAGCAAUUGCUUCACUCAUUGCACUUGUGGUACUAUGUAUACUUCACUUUAACAAUUUAACGGAUAUUAUUUUUGAAGCAUCAUUACUUGGAAUAAUGAUAAUAUCAUCAAUUACUUUAUUAAUAAUAUCACAAUUUCCUUCAACUUUAACAUCAACACGUGCACGUAUUAUUGUUGGAUUAACAUCAUCAAUAAUAAUUGGUACAACAAUAUUAAUACAAGGUGGUCCAUUGCCAAUAUUCACUUGUGUUCUUACAACAAUUGCAAUUUUACCUAAAAUCAGAAAACAACGACCCAGUGUGGUUGGCAUCAUAAUUGCGGUACUCCACAUAAUUCGUAUUCUCAUAUAUUAUGCUAUGGGUUCCGACAUUGAAUUUCAUCAGAUUAUCAGUGAUGCAGUUCUUUUAUUAUCAGCAAUAUUGGCUGGUAUUUAUUAUAGAAAUUUAACAUCACGUGCACAUGGAAAAACAUUUACUGGUACAAAAACAGUUAUCGAAUCAAGAAUCAAACUUGAAUGUGAACGUGAACAACAAGAACAACUGUUGCUCAGUGUAAUACCAGCAUACAUUGCAGCAGAGGUAAAACGUAGCAUUAUGUUGAAAAUGGCCAAUGCCUGUCAAGAGGUGAGCAAACACAAGCAGACACGUUUUCAUGAAAUGUAUGUUCAACGUCAUAACAACGUGAGCAUACUUUAUGCUGAUAUUGUAAAUUUUACUCCACUCUCGGAACAAUUGUCAGCUUCGGAUCUUGUUAAAACAUUGAACGAGUUGUUUGGAAGAUUCGAUCAAAUAGCACAGGACAAUCAAUGCAUGAGAAUUAAAAUUCUUGGUGAUUGUUAUUACUGUGUUUCUGGACUGCCAGUAUCAAGACCAAAUCACGCGUAUAAUUGUGUCAACAUGGGUCUACAAAUGAUUGAUACAAUCAGAUUUGUUCGUGAAGCUACUGGAUUUAAUGUUGACAUGAGAAUUGGUAUUCAUACUGGUAAUGUAUUGUGUGGUGUACUUGGACUCAGAAAGUGGCAAUUUGAUGUUUGGAGUGAUGAUGUCACGCUUGCCAAUCAUAUGGAAAGUGGUGGUUUACCUGGGCGUGUUCAUAUUACUGGAUCAACUUUGUCACAACUUGGUGAUCGUUUUAAAGUUGAACCAGGUGAUGGUGGUUCACGUGAGACUUAUCUUGCUGAUCACAAAAUUGAAACUUAUCUUAUAAUACCACCCAAGAAAAAUUUAGAAAAAAAAGAUGACAAUGAAAAUGGUGAAAUACAAGGACCUUUACCAUCAAGAUCUAGACCAAGUAGUAAAAUGACAAAAUAUGUUGAAUGCUGGGGUGCUGAUAAACCAUUUGCAAAUAUUGCUGAAUCAACACUUGCUAAAAAUAUUGGCCUAACAAGCAUUGCUAUGAUUGAGUCAAAUUUAUUAACAAAUAAUUCAAGCUGCAUUGAUUUCAAACAAUGGUGUGGUGUAAGUAAUGAAGGAAUGUCAUCAACAACAUACUGGUUUAAAGAUAAAAAUCAAGAGAGUCAAUAUCGUGAUCAACGAGAUGAGCAAUAUCCUUGGUACGUUGUUGCAUCAAAUGUACUGUAUUCAACAAUGUUUUGCAUUCAAAUAAUAUAUUUACCAAGAAGUUUUACUGUUUAUGGCUGUUUUACAGCUGGUUUAUUGUCAUUGAUAAUAUUUAGUUUGAUAUCAUGGUAUGCUGAUAAAUCAAUUGGCAAAAAUAAAGAUACAAAUCAGCCAAUUGCACUCAGUAGAGGCAUAAGAGUUUCUGUUUAUCUUGUAACUUCAGUACUUGCUAUUGCAUCUUCUCUCAUUAGCACUAUUGACAUUGAUGAUAAUAUUGAAAAAGGAAGAACUGUUGUACCGGCUUAUAUUUAUUCAGCAGCAAUUGGUCUUCUUGUUGGAUGGGUUCAUCUGAGAGUUGGUUUUAUUCUUAAAUUUUUCAUAAUGAUUUUAUCAAUAAUUUGUGUGCUCAUUGUAUUUUCACAAACACCAGCAAUUGCAUUAUAUUAUGUUACAAAUAAUGAAUAUUCAAGUAUAAAUUAUCUUGUACAAAUUGGAUAUGUUUUAUUUAUAAUUGCACUUGUACUUCAUGUACUUGAUCGACAAAUUGAAUUUACAUCACGAACUGAUUAUUUAUGGAAAAAUAAAUUAAAAGUUGAACAAGAUGAAGUUGAAACAAUGCGUGGUAUUAAUAAAAUUUUAUUGGAAAAUAUACUUCCAGCUCAUGUUGCUCAUCAUUUUUUAUCAAUACGAUCAAAUCAAGAUUUAUAUCAUGAAAGAUACAACAGCAUUGCAGUUAUGUUUGCAUCAAUACCAAAUUAUAAAGAAUUUUAUGAUGAAACAGAUAUUAAUAAACAAGGUCUUGAAUGUCUUCGAUUAUUGAAUGAAAUUAUUUGUGAUUUUGAUAAGCUACUACUUAAACCAAAAUUUUCAGCAAUUGAAAAAAUUAAAACAAUUGGUAGUACAUAUAUGCUUGCUGCUGGUUUGAGUCCAGGUAAAGAGGAUAUUGAUGACAAGGAUUUAACAAAACAACAGGCACACAAUGUUGUUGUUCUUGUAGAAUUUGCAAUUGCACUUAUGACAAUUUUGGAUCAAAUUAAUAGAGAAUCAUUUCAAAGAUUUAAAUUAAGAAUGGGAUUACAUCAUGGUCCUGUGAUAGCUGGUGUUGUUGGUGCUCAAAAACCACAAUAUGAUAUUUGGGGUAAUACUGUUAAUGUUGCAUCAAGAAUGGACAGUUGUGGUGAAAUUGGAAGAUUACAAGUCACUGAAGAUACUGCAAAUAUUCUUAAAAAUGCUGGCUAUGAAUUAAUAUGUCGUGGAUUAACAUAUGUCAAAGGAAAAGGACAAUUAACAACAUAUUUUGUCAAAACACCAUUCGAUGGAAAACCUGAUAAUUAUUAAUAUAUAUAUUUUCAAUUUUAAAUAAUAUACAUGACAUAGUUAUAUAUUUUUUUUGUACAUAUUUAGGAGAAAAAAACAUUAAGUAUAAACAAUUGACUAUUAAUUUUUUUUUUCAAUUGUCAAAUAAUCAAUUGACAACGAAGCCAAAAACGAAAAAAAAUACCAAUAUUUUCAAUUAUAAAAAUUAAUAGUUAAGAUAUAAAAUUAUCAAUAUAUUAAUCUAUAAAUGUAUUUAAUUAAUUAUAUAAACAAAUAUAUUUUAAAUGUUGUAAAAUUUAAAUUUAAAAAACAAAAAUGGCCGUUGAUAUAAAUAAAGUAGAAAACUUCCUCACCGACAAAA